GCCAGACUGCUGCAGUGGCAGUUAUCGAUAUUCUCUCUCCCAGUGAUUGUAGACUUGUAGUUGCAGAAUUUGAAGUGCGAUAACCGAAAACCAGAACAGAGAGUGGUUGCAGAGUCUGGCCGAAACUUCCUUGUUAGUCCUUUUCUCUUCUCCUUUACGUGAAUAAAUUACGACGUGCAACAUGAAGACAUCAAUUUCUAUCACACCGCAGCAAGACAUAUAUGAAGAUCUCUAUCAACCAGCACUUAUUAUCGCAGCAUGCUUUGCGGUUGUCGCUCUGGUGCUCUCCCUUUUCCUCAUUCUACAGCAUCUCAAAUCUUACUCCAAUCCAUCGGAACAAAAGUGGAUUGUUGCGGUUCUUUUUAUGGUUCCUGUUUAUGCCACCGAGUCGAUUAUAUCAUUAUGGAAUCCCAGAUUUUCCCUUGCAUGUGACAUCUUAAGGAACUGCUACGAAGCCUUCGCCUUGUAUUCUUUUGGAAGUUAUUUGAUUGCUUGUCUUGGUGGUGAGAGAAGAGUGGUUGAACUACUUGAAAGUGAAUCAACAAUACAACUGGAUGAACCUCUAAUAGAAGGUGAAGAAAAGAGGUCAAGGCCUCAAAGAACAUUGUGGAACUUUCUCCUGAAACCGCGUGCUCUCGGAAAAGAUUUACUCACCAUAGAGAAGUUCGGUCUCGUUCAAUAUAUGAUUCUGAAGACGGCAUCCGCAUUCCUAGCAUUUAUAUUGGAGCUUUUUGGAGUGUAUGGUGAUGGAAAGUUCAAGUGGUUCUACGGGUAUCCAUACAUAGCGGUGGUACUUAACUUCAGUCAGAUGUGGGCACUCUAUUGUCUUGUCCAGUUUUAUAAUGUAACUCACGAGCAACUGAAACCAAUAAAGCCACUAGCAAAAUUCAUUAGCUUCAAAGCCAUAGUGUUUGCAACAUGGUGGCAAGGUGUAGGUAUUGCUCUAUUACGUGAACUUGGAGUUCUGCCAAAGGAGGGGAAACUAGAAACUGGACUGCAGGAUUUCUUAAUUUGCAUAGAAAUGGCCAUUGCAGCUGUAGCUCAUAUAUUUGUUUUCUCUGCUGAGCCUUAUCGUUACAUACCAGUUUCUGCGAGCGGAGUAACCAUAGAAACAGUCGAAGGGGCAGUUGAGGUGAAAGAAGGCAAAGAUGAUAAAAAACCGGCUCUGGUAGAAAGGACAGAAACCCAUGUGGAGGCCCCUGGGACAAGUGUCACCGAGAGUGUCCAGGACAUAGUUCUCGAAGGUGGUCAACGAGUUGUUAAGGAUGUCGUAUUGACCAUAAACCAAGCAAUAGGACCGGUGGAGAAAGGUGUAGCCAUGAUACAAGAGACCCUUCACCAACGAACGAUAGGUUCAGAUGAAGAAGAGUCGGAUGUAGAGGUUGAAGAAUACGUGGAAAAAACCCUUGCUGGAACUGAAGCCGUCUGAAACCUUUUUCCUUUUUAAU